UCACUCACUCUGACCACAUUGGCGGCUGCUGUGAGAAGAUUGACAACCUUUUGUAAAGUUCACACAGAGUCGGUUUUCUUUUCCCUCCCUAAGACAACAUUCGUCUGCAGCAAAAGUCACAAUGCGUUGAAUGCAUCUCCAUCCAUGUAGGCCAGGCUGGUGUCCAGAUGGGGAACACCUGCUGGGAGCUCUAUUGUCUGGAGCACGGUAUCCAGCCGGACGGCCAGAUGCUCAGCCAAAAGCCCUCAGGAAGAAACGAUGAUUCUUUCACUACUUUCUUCAGUGAGACUGGGGCUGGGAAGUAUGUUCCCAGAGCAGUAUUUGUUGACCUGGAACCUACUGUCAUUGAUGAGGUGCGCACAGGAACGUACCGCCAACUCUUUCACCCUGAGCAGCUCAUCUCAGGAAAGGAAGAUGCAGCCAACAACUAUGCUCGUGGACACUACACCAUCGGCAAAGAGAUCAUUGACUCUGUCCUCGACAGGAUCCGCAAACUGGCUGAUCAGUGCACUGGCCUACAAGGCUUUCUGGUCUUCCAUUCCUUUGGAGGAGGUACUGGCUCUGGUUUCACGUCCUUGCUGAUGGAGAGACUCUCUGUUGACUUUGGCAAAAAGUCCAAGCUGGAAUUUGCCAUCUAUCCAGCCCCCCAGGUGUCUACAGCUGUAGUGGAGCCAUAUAACGCCAUCCUGACCACCCACACCACUUUGGAGCACUCCGACUGUGCCUUCAUGGUGGACAAUGAGGCCAUCUAUGAUAUCUGUCGCAGAAACCUUGAUAUUGAACGGCCAUCUUACACAAACCUCAACCGUCUCAUCAGCCAGAUUGUCUCCUCGAUCACUGCCUCUCUUCGCUUUGAUGGAGCCCUGAAUGUUGACCUCACAGAGUUUCAAACCAAUUUGGUGCCCUACCCCCGGAUCCACUUUCCUCUGGCCACAUACGCUCCGGUCAUCUCUGCUGAGAAAGCCUACCAUGAGCAGCUGUCUGUGGCUGAGAUCACAAAUGCCUGCUUUGAGCCAGCCAAUCAGAUGGUGAAGUGUGAUCCUCGUCAUGGUAAAUACAUGGCCUGCUGCCUGUUGUACCGUGGAGACGUGGUGCCCAAAGAUGUCAAUGUGGCCAUUGCUGCCAUCAAGACCAAGCGCUCCAUCCAGUUUGUGGACUGGUGUCCCACAGGAUUCAAGGUGGGCAUCAACUACCAGCCUCCUACUGUGGUUCCUGGAGGAGACCUGGCCAAGGUUCAGAGGGCGGUGUGCAUGCUGAGCAACACCACAGCCAUUGCUGAGGCCUGGGCCCGUCUCGACCACAAGUUUGACCUCAUGUAUGCCAAGAGGGCCUUUGUCCACUGGUAUGUUGGGGAGGGCAUGGAAGAGGGAGAGUUCUCAGAGGCCAGAGAAGAUAUGGCUGCCCUAGAGAAGGAUUAUGAAGAGGUGGGGAUUGACUCUUUUGAAGAAGAUGAGGAAGGAGAAGAAUAUUAGACAGGCUGAGGAAGCUGAUUGAAGUCUGAAGGCAUUUUACUGCUGUGUCAUUGAAAUUC